AUGGGGCACACCUCCAAAUGCUCAGCAAUGGGGCACUCCUCCAAACGCUCAGCAAUGGGGCCCUCCAAACGCUCAGCAAUGGGGCCUCCUCCUAACGCUCAGCAUUGGGGCACUCCUACAAACGCUCAUCAAUGGGGCCCUCCUCCUAACGCUCAGCAAUGGGGCACUCCUCCAAACGCUCAUCAAUGGGGUUCAUCAUCAAGUGUUCCACAAUGGGGUACUCCUCCAAACACUCAGCAACGGAACACUCCACCAAACGCCCCACAAUGGAGCACUCCACCAAAUGCUCAACAAUGGGGUUCACCAGCAAAUCCACAAUGGGGUUCAUCAUCAAGUGCUCAACAAUGGGGUUCAUCACCAAAUAACCGACAAUGGGAAUCAUCACCAAAAGCAAAUCAAUGGAUUCCUCCAACAAAUGUUCAGCGUGGAUUUUCAGUAGGACCGAAGUGA